CAGAAACAGAGGCCCCUUAACGUGGACGGAUUUGGCUCCCUGUCGAACGCUUUGGCUGUUUCUCGAGGCGCUCUUAGUUCAAAACGAGCUCUGGAACUGAAAUCGUCGUCUCGUGGUCGUGAAUGUUCUAGAUUUGGCGUCGCGAUGGAUUCGGCGUCGAGGAAUUGGACUCCAUGGCAGGGAUUUUUGGAUUGUCGUUCGUUUCUGCGUCUGCCCCUUGUGAGUGAGUGAAGGUGCUGGAAUUGCUCGCUUAAGUAACUGAUUUGGAGAGGAUAAAGUAAUUUGGACCAGGAGGAAUGUCAGGGGAGCAGAGUAUUUCAGAUGAGGUUGUGUGAGGAGCAAAAGUAAGUAGGGCUUGAACACGUCAUGGAUUCCAGUGACGAAGAAAAUGGGGGUAGUAGGAGUGGGGAGGAGGAAAGGAGCGAUGAAGAGAUGAGCGACGGAAGUGGACAGGAUGGCAGCUCGGACGGGAAUGGAAACGGCAAUUUGAAAUCGAAGGAAGCUUCAGAAAAAGCAGCAUUGAAGAAGGCGAAGUCAAAGAAGGCGAAGAAAGGGAAAACAGGGGUUGUUUAUUUGAGCCGUAUACCCCCUCACUUGAAACCUCUGAAGCUCCGACAUCUUCUCUCGCAAUACGGUGAAGUAUCGAGAGUCUAUCUCGCACCAGAAGAUGCUGCCACGAGAAUUCGUCGUAAACGAGCUGGCGGCAACAGUGGGAAAAAUUUUACAGAAGGAUGGGUUGAGUUUGUGCACAAGAGAGACGCCAAGAGAAUAGCUGCAAUGUUGAAUGGAGAGUCCGUCGACCCUAGGAAGCGGUCAGCUUACCACUACGAUCUAUGGACUAUCAAGUAUCUCAAAAAGUUCAAAUGGGACAACCUCACAGCUGAAAUCGCGUACAAGAAGGCUGUUCGUGAUCAAAAGUUGGCGGCCGAAGUAUCAGCAGCAAAGAAGGAGCGUGACUUCUACUUAUCGAAAGUUGAUCAAGCUCGAGCCAUAAAUUCAAUGGAGGAACGAAAGAAAAAGAGAAAGGAACCGGAGGCCAACGGCUCUUCUUCCGCUGGAGGUGCAGAAAAACCGGAAGAUGGUAGUGCGAAGAAGCCCAGAAUUGUCAGGAGUUUCCACCAGAGGAAAUCGGUGUUAGAUUCGGCCUCGGAAACUAAAUCGAGCUUAGCAGCAGAUGUCUUGGCAGGGGUAUUUGGAAAAUCAACUGUCAAGUAGGCUAUGAUAGAGUGAUGAGAAGAUUGACGCAUGAAGUGGACCAGUCUGUAAAGUAUCGUCACAUGAGCUAAGAGGAGGGUGUGCAUGGAGGACGCUGGACUUUUUCUACAGCGAGAGGCUUAGAUCUGCAAUCCAAACUUCUGACUGUGGUGGUUGGGAUCAUUGCGGUCUUCCUUGCUUUCUGCUCACAACUUGUUCCAUGGGAGGUUUCCAUAAGGAGUUACACAAUUUUGAAGAUGUAGGUUGAGAGAAAUUAAUUUAGAGAGAGUGCAUAGGUUUGAAUUUGGUGAUUGUUUGGGUUAGUAAAAUCUGCAACCCUGUUUGACCGGUCACAUAGCACUACCGGACUUCCAGUCGUCCAAGAAAUAAUUACGUUUAUUUGUGGACCCACUGCCACCUCCUUGACCAACACUUUUGGAUCAGACGAGGCCGGGUCCGGUGAUUUUUUGCAGUUAAUAGAUCAAAGAUCGGUCAAAUCGUUGCUGUUGAUGCGAUUUAUCGUUCUGGUGAUUCUUG